UUCUGAUUGGGGACAUGAACAGGCGCCACCCCCUCCUUUUUAUUCGACGCAGUACAGUCCUCCCAUAAUCGACGCACAGCUUGACAGCAGAAGUCGGUGUGGCUUGGGGCUCCUGGUGGGUAGAACGGGCUUAGAUAUGCGGGGUCCCAAGGUUGGCAUACCAGGCCAUAAGGCGCCCAACUUCGAGCCCAAAGCAGGUGGUUCGCGCACUUUGCUGGUUGCAAAGCCUCUCAAGCCAGCCAACCUGUCAACCACUUUCAUCAUCAAGAACGCCCAAUCUUUUAGAUACCCCGGCAAGUUCAUGCGGCCCCUCCGUCCCGGCUUAUCUAUCCGACCUCCCGCACAUCAGCCUCACUCGGCGUAUGUCACAGACGGUAGUGAAGAAGAUUCUGUCUACUAUAGCGAGGACGAGGACGACCCUCACGGGGGGCACUCCAUGGUAUAUGAGAGAGAACCAGCACCAUACGGGCCUGGUCUUCCAAAGACCCCAUUACGUUCACCCAGUACAGAAUACACAGCUUCAACCAUCCCGCCGUCUCCCACUUAUCGCCUCCCACCGGCAGGGACACCCUUGUCCAGUCCAGGCUUUAUGAGCGGAUUCCCACCACGACCUCACCAAGGAUACCGGCCGGGGCCGCCGCCACCUCCUCCCCCGGCAGGUUAUGGGAGACCAAACAUCCCAUAUCAGCAACCACAACCGUACCCGAUUGCUUCUAUGUGGGGAACAUGGACUCUUCCUCCAGCCUAUCCUCCUACACCCAACACCCCCUUCAACGAACCAAGAAGGCCUGUUCCCCAUGCCCCAAACCUACCCAAUAAUCGUUGGAUGCCACAUCCCGAUGAAGACCCCAUCCCACACCGCCCUCACCGAAACCGGUCUCCCGGGCCUACACUACAGUUUCGACGCUCCCGGAGCAACAUGCGAAAGCGCAGUUCGUCCGAGACCCGAAAGCCCCGUCCGCUAGACCCCCAAAUAGCAGCGGCGUUAAAGGGAAAGGAGCAUGAGAACAUGGUCCUUCGAGAAGAACUCAAGAGGGCAAAGACGAAAGAGGCCAAGAGGGAGGCCAAGGAAAAGGAGGCCGAGUUCCAAAGGUUAAAAGGUCUCGAGGAGGAGCUGAGAAGGUAUAAAUUGUUCGAACAAAAGAACCAGAUGAAGCAGGAAAUAAAGAACGAGAUAUAUGCAGAGUUUCACCAGGGGAUAUCGACAUCACCUACGACGUUGGCUGGUCAGCUGGGGCCUAGCUCUGGGUUCUCGUCGGAGGCGACACCCUCGUCUAAUGCUUGGACGCAGGGGGGGUUAAUUAUUGGGCGACAGCCUGCUCCAAGGGCCAUUGCAGGGGGGGUGUCUUUGGGUGAUUACUUGUUUGAUCGGUAUGGGAAUCCACAGCUGGAGGUGUACGCGAGGCCAUUGGAGACACAAGAUGUUGGUGUGAGGGGACGGCAACCAGGUCCCCAUGUGCGGUUUCCAUGA